GUCCACCACUAGCCUCGGCCGUUAAUUAGAAAUCCCCGACAACUCAGACCGCAAGCAUCAGAGUGCGUGCAACGGGAAUAUCAACCAUGCAACAGUUCAACAUGAGAUUACGAGUGUUUUUUUCUAGAUUAUUUAAAGGCGGCAUGGCCACUGCCAGGAUCACUCCGGCCAAUUCACGGCCAGCGCUCGCUCAUCGUGACCCCUUACUUUAAUAAUAUCAUCAUCGCCGUCAACCGUUUUGACCGACCAUAUUUUCAUUUGUUUCUCAAGCAACUUCCACGCCCUUGAUUGCUGCUCAAGGGCUGGAGGACGGACUCUAUCGCAUUCGAAAUGGCCCUCAACCACCCAAGGUCCACCCCGGACAGCAGCGCCAUGAAAUCGGAAGAGUCGUCGCAGACAGGACCUGUCGACGAGCCAACCAACGCGCCCAUGAAUGGAUCUACCAGCAAAGGAGGAGACAGCCCAGAGAACAUGAACAUGGCAACCAAAGCUCUCCUGAUAUUGUCGGUGUUUCUGAGCAUGUUCCUGGUUGCUCUGGACCGGACCAUCAUAUCAACAGCCAUCCCCGCAAUAACCGAUGACUUCAACUCGCUCAACGAUGUCGGCUGGUACGGAAGCGCCUACUUGCUUUCCUCGUGCGCCUUCCAGCUCCUCUUCGGCAAGAUCUACACCCUCUUCUCCGUCAAGCCCGUCUUCGUCGUCAGCACCCUGCUCUUCGAGAUCGGCUCCGUCCUCUGCGGCGCGGCUCCCAGCUCCAUCGUCUUCAUUGUCGGGCGAGCCGUCUGUGGUGUCGGUGCUGCUGGGCUCUUUGCCGGAACCGUCGUUUGCAUCAUCUACAUCGUGCCGCUCCAUCAGCGGCCCAAGGUUCAGGGCAUGUUCGGCGCCAUCUUCGGCAUCGCCUCCAUUGUCGGGCCCCUGCUCGGGGGCGCCUUCACGUCCAACGUGACCUGGCGUUGGUGCUUCUACAUCAACCUGCCCAUCGGGGGGGUAUCCAUGGCCGUCGUCGCCCUGUUCUUCCGGGUCCCCCAGCGGGAGUCGGACCAGCUGUCCCUGGCCGAGAAGAUCCUGCGGCUCGACAUCGCCGGGACCGCCGUGCUCGUCCCGGGCGUUGUGUGUCUGCUUCUCGCGCUUCAGUGGGGUGGACCCACCUAUCCUUGGAACGACGGCCGCAUCAUUGCCCUCCUCGUCCUUGCCGGGAUCCUGUCAGCGGCCUACGUAGCGGUGCAGGCAAUCUUCACCGCGACCUCGACGAUCCCCGGGCGCAUCAUCCGGCAGCGCAGCAUCGCGUCGGGGCUGUGGGCGACCGUGUGCAUCAACUCGGCCAGCUUCAUCUUUGUCUACUUCCUGCCCGUCUGGUUCCAGGCCGUCCGCGGCGUCUCCCCCGUCGACUCGGGCAUCCGCCUGCUGCCCAUCAUGCUCGCCACUGUCGUCGGCUCCAUCCUCGGCGGCUUCCUCAACGCCCGCGUCGGGUACUACGCGCCCCUCGCCAUCGUCGGCACCUGCGUCAUGGCCGUCGGCGCCGGCCUGCUCACCACCCUGCAAGUCGACACGGGUCCCGGCGGCUGGAUCGGCUACCAGGUUCUGUUCGGCCUCGGCAUGGGCGGCUGCUUCCAGGCCCCGAACCUCGCCGUGCAGGCGGCCCUGCCGCAGGCAGACGUCCCCGUGGGCCUGGCCCUCAUGACAUUUGGCUCCUCCGUCGCCUCCGCCAUCUUCGUCUCGGUCGGCCAGAACGUGCUGACCAACCAACUCGUCCGCCGUCUCUCCGGCCUUCCCGGUUUCGACGUCGGCCUGGUCACCUCCGGAGGCGCUACCGCCCUGCUCGAUGCUCUGCCUGCCCGCUCCCGCGGGCCGGCCCUCGUGGCUUACAACGAGGCACUGAGGGAGGUGUUCCGCGUCGGGUUGAUCCUUGCCUGUUUGACCAUUUUUGGAACGGCCACGAUGGAGUGGCUGAGCGUCAAGAAACCGCAGCCGGAGAAACCGGUCGCCGGGCUUGGUGGUAGUAAAACUGGGCAAGAGAAAGAAGAGAUGAAAACCGGAAAUAUGAAGAAGUAGAAGCGAGUUGCCUAAGGAUUCCCCAACCUGACACGAAUACUCAGGAGGAGCACGCGAGGUACCUAUGCAAGAGAGAUUCAGGUUUGGAAAAGCUUGUUGAAACCAUACCGGCUCAGAUGCCGACUGUAGAAUAAUUUAAACAUCUAAUUCUUCAAUCAGCAUUGUAGAGUUUGGUAGGAUAGUUAGAAUAGAAUUGAUACCAUGAAAAUCAUGGCAUGAACAUAUUCAAUAGCAGGACAUAUAUUUGGAUGUCACGUACCUGACCUUUGAAGAUCGUUUGAC